AAGUAAAGUGGGCGCUGCUUUCAAAAUGCACGGCUUGGUCCUCCGCGCCUUGACAAAUAACAACUCUUCAACAUAUUAAUGGAAAGUUGAGUGAAACAAAAUACAGUCAUAAGCUAAGUGCCUCCACAUUUAUCUUUGAGAAAUCGAAACAACUUCUUGAGGGAGGCUACAAAGUAUCUCACAGAAGCUCUUCAAGAAGUUAAUGAAGUGGAACUAGAAGACAUGAUAGAAAAUAUAAUUGAUGCUGUUGAAAAACAGUCUUUGUCAUGCAACAUGAUUGAAAGGUCCAUGGUGGAAGCAGCAGUCUUGGAGUGCAGCAGAUCAAUAGAUGAAACAUUAGAACAUAUUUUCAACAUUAUUGGAGCUUUUGAUAUUCCACGAUAUAUUUACAAUUCUGAACGAAAGAAAUUUCUCCCCCUUGCUAUGACCGACCACUCUGCACCUAAUUUAUUUGGCUCUGCCAGGGAUAAAGCAGAAUUGUUUCGUGAACGUUAUAUCAUUUUGCAACAGAGAACCCAUAGGCAUGAAUUGUUCACACCAUCUGCUGUUGGCACACACACAGAUGAAAGCAAAAGUAAAUUUCAGCUCAAAACUGUAGAAACACUCUUGGGUAGCUCUGCCAAAAUGGGGGAAGUGAUUGUUCUUGGCAUGAUCACCCAGCUUAAGGAGGGAAAGUUUUUCUUGGAAGAUCCUACUGGAGUAGUGCUAUUAGACCUUAGUAAAGCACAGUUCCACAGUGGUUUAUAUACAGAGUCAUGUUUUGUUUUAACAGAAGGCUGGUAUGAAGAUGAAAUAUUUCAUGUCACUGCUUUUGGAUUUCCUCCUAUAGAACCUUCUGCCACCACUAGGGCAUAUUAUGGCAACAUUAACUUUUUUGGAGGGCCUUCUUCAACCUCUGUAAAAUCUUCUGCAAAACUGAAACAAAUGGAGGAAGAAAACGAGGAUGCCAUGUUUGUGUUCCUUUCAGAUGUUUGGCUGGACCAAGCAGAAGUUUUAGAAAAUCUCCGUAUUAUGUUUUCAGGUUACUCGGCCAUGCCUCCAACUUGUUUUUUUUUCUGUGGGAAUUUUUCUUCUACUCCAUAUGGAAAAAAUCAAAUUCAGUCACUAAAAGGUUCUUUGAAAGCCCUAGCAGAUAUAAUAUGUGAAUAUCCCAGUAUCCAUGAAAGCAGUCGAUUUGUAUUUGUUCCUGGUUCUGAAGACCCUGGUCCAGGCUCCAUUUUACCAAGGCCACCACUUACUGAAAACAUUACUGAAGAAUUCAGACAACAGGUGCCAUUUUCAGUUUUCACAACAAAUCCUUGCAGAGUCCAGUACUAUACACAGGAAAUAAUAAUCUUUCGGGAAGACUUGGUAAACAAGAUGUGCCGUAACUGUGUUCGUUUCCCUAACAGUAGUUUGGAUAUUCCUAAUCAUUUUGUAAAAACUAUUUUAUCACAAGGACAUUUGACUCCAUUGCCUCUUAAUGUCAGCCCUAUCUAUUGGGCCUAUGACUACACCUUGAGAACUUACCCUUUGCCAGAUCUGAUUGUUUUUGCUGACAAAUAUGACCCAUUCACUGUAACCAACACUGAUUGCCUUUGUAUAAAUCCGGGAUCUUUUCCAAGGAGUGGAUUUUCAUUCAAAGUUUUCUACCCCUCGAGCAAAACUGUUGAAGACAGCAAACUCCAUGGUCUCUAAAUCUCAAUCAGGAAGAAUAAGCCAAAGUUUGUGGCCUUAAAAUGAUUGAAGUACUACAAGUGUUUCUUAAAAUUUAGGAUCAUGACUGUAACUACAUGUUAUUGCUAAUAUAUCUUAUGUAUUAUAUAUCUUGUAAAUACCUUUUUAUAUAAUGAUGUUCAUUCAUGUGUCACAUCUUAUACUUCAAAUAAUUUACAAAAAAAUGUUUUCUACUGCUCCUCACUUCCAAAAUAUUCAAAGCAAAAAUCUAUUUAAUUUUCUUCUAAUUAGUAGUAAGCAAGUAACAUGAAUAUUCUUUAGAACAAAUAUACAAUUUUAAACAGGACUGUAUAUGGGAGGAAAUACUGGCCUUUAAAAAUGACCAAAUUAAAACAUCCCUAUCCAUGUUAUGCAACCAAGAUGGAACAUCUAAAAUGGAGAAAAAGUCAACUAUCACUGGUUUUAUAACUUUUUAAGACACCUGCAUACAAACUGUUCGCUAUAGCAUUUUAACCAUUUCAGUGGCUCAACUUUUUCUCCUUUAUGAACUACAGAACUAGUGUAAUAUCCUUAAAUAUUAAAGCAGCUAUCCCAAACUCCAAUGCCUCCAAUUUAGUUAGAACUACAACGCCCAGAAUUUAAAGGCAUCAUGACCCAAAGUAAAAAAGCUAAAAUCUACAACUGAUCUGAAUUUAGAAGAGCAAUAAAGGCUGUUGCUCUUUUCCUGUUGUAAAGUAUCAAUAAUGUCUUAAAAGGAAAGAUGUUAGAAAAUUAAAACAAUUUUUCUUUUAAAUGAAAGAGGAUAUUGCCCAGAAGUUACUUGUACAUACCAACAGCAUGUUUCAGGAAUUAUUCUGAUAGAAGUUUAGAAAGGAUCACACACAAUGGAAGUCUUAAGUUAUUUUAAAAUAUUAAUGGCCUUGAGUACAUUUAUAUACUAUUAAAACUCUUGUUCCCGUAACCUUUAGCUGGGCGAAACAAUGCAUCAAACUUUUUUAUACAUGGUACUUCAAAUGGGCUAAUUUAAAGUAUGCACCCAAACUCCUGACUCCAUGAUUCCCAUGGAAUUUGAAUGUGACAAUUUUUAUAAAAUAUUUUAUGGCAAAAAUUAUAAAGCUUUUUGUGACAUAUGUCAUAAAACAUUUCCUGUGAUCAACUGCUAUGUUUGACUAUGCUAUAUAGUUUUACUUUUAAAGAAGGUACAUCUUUGAAUAUUUCCUUGGAAUUUGUAAAAAGUUUGCAAUACAUUAAAAGCUCUGCCACUGUUCAAAAGCAUUGAGGAAUGUGCUAUGAAAAUAUCUCUGAAAUGUUGACCCAGUAAGUCAUGGGCUGUCUAGUAAGCUAUAUAAGACGGGAAUAAAUGUUAAGUUAUUUGCUGAAAAAGUGCUUUCAUGUUGGAUUACGAGAGAAAUUCGAUUGAUGGAACUUGGGUAUGAUCCUCUCCAACUUAUCAGCAGUUUGCUUUUGGCCAUCACAACAGGUAUGAUAGCUGUAAUGGCACACUGAGCUAAGGCAUGAUUACCCAAGAAAAGUUAUAUCUACUGCUUACAGAAUUGGUAACUACAUCUGCUUAUUCUUUUCUGUCUGGGCCCUGCGAGUAUGACCACCAUUGUGCCAGCCAAGGAAAAGUGGUAUUUGAAAGAGCAGAUGCAGUAGUUGUUCCUGAUACCAGCAGCUUAUUUCUUGCCUUCUAGGCAUACAAGGGAACUGAGGGCUGGGUCUACUCUGCUGCACUAUCCCAAAAAUGUUCAGGGGUAACAAAACUUAAUAAUGUUUGUACUCUAAGAUGACUUCUUAGACUUCAUAGUAAUGUGGGAAAGAAAUAGAAUAACAUAGAAUAAAGAAGAAUAAAUAUAAUAAUAAUAAUAAUGAGAAAUCACUAAAAGCAAAAAUCAUGUGUCUGCAUAAUC